CACAAACGAUUCGGGCACUACCCCAUGCGGAAGAUGUCCAAACUACGGGACGUAGUCAACGGCCUCGACAUUCCGCCAUCUAUGAAACUACCAACAUGCGAAGCAUGCGUUCAAGGGAAGGCUACGCGGUCUUCUUUCCCACUGCGACCUUUUCAACAACGAGAAAUCCUAGAACUAUUGUCCGUAGACCUCGCUGGCCCGUCGAAAGAAGAAAGUAUCAACGGAGGGAGAUACUUCAUGGUAAUAAAAGAU